UAACAAAAUUCGCAAAAGCAAAAGCCGAAAGAAAACCUGAGGGUGAGGGGGUGGAAAAAAGGUUCAUCAAAAUUAAAAACAACGUGGGAAGAGAGAGAAGCACUCACACAUGCACACACUAACACAGAGUCAGAGUCAGAGAAACAUUUCAUUUCAUUUCUUCUCAUUUUUGUUUUAAAAAAGGAAAAUUUUGAAACAUAAACAAAAGAAAAAACAAUUCUUCUUUCUUUGUGUUUGGUUUUUGUUUUUUAGUUAAAAGGUCCUGUUUGACACGAACAUCAAGCAAUCGCACCGUUCGUUCAUAAAAACGAAAUAAAAAGAAAGAAAGAAAAAAGAACAAAAACAGAUUAUUAUUAUCACAAUUAUUAAAAAAGGGGGAUUAAUUAUGAAAGGUGGUGAUGGAGUUAUUGUAGUCAAGAGCAACUGUUGUUGCUUUUGGUUAAUUAUUUUAGGUUUUCGAUUAUUAUCUUUAUUAUUAUUAUUAUUGUUUUUCCUUUGGCUUUGGUUCUUUUAUUCUUCUGCAUGCUUUCAUUUCAUUGUUCUAUCUUUUCAAUCCCAUAUUACACGCUGCUUUUCCAUUAUCCUUUUUCAAAUUUCCAAAUUUAUUCACCCAAUUGAUGAUUUUUUGUUAUUUAUUUAUUUUUCAUCUAUCAGGAUAACAAUCCUGUGCCUUUUCCAUUCCUUGACUACUACGGAAUUUUGAUUUUUCAAGAGAGAGAAAGGCCUCAAAUCAAAGAGAGAGAUAGAGAAAAAAGAGUAGCAUAAAAAAAUUAAACACCAAAACGAUUCCUUUUUGGUUACCCUAAUUUUGUUUCUGUGCUGCUUUGUUUUUCUUCUGCUGCUGCUGCUGCUACUGGUGCUGCUCCUUUUUCGUUGUUUUGUGGGUUCUGGAUUUCUAGGGUUUGAAAGGGGAGAAAGUUUCGAUCUUGAUCGGGUUCGAAAAUGGAGGGGGAAGCUGCUUCGGACGCAGAGAUUGAGAACAAUAAUACUCAGAAGAGGGAAGAUGCUGUUGGUGAUAACAGCAAUGAGAACAACAAUGGAAGCAACAGCAAAAUUGGUAACUCGAAUGAGGGUCAGAGCAAGCCCAAGCGACAGAUGAAGACCCCUUUUCAGCUUGAGACACUGGAGAAAGCUUAUGCUUUGGAGACUUACCCUUCAGAGACAAUGAGGGCUGAGCUCUCUCAGAAGUUGGGGCUGUCCGAUCGGCAGCUACAGAUGUGGUUCUGCCACCGCCGGCUGAAGGACAAGAAGGAUUUGCCGCCUAAGAAGCAGAAGAAGGCAGUGCCGGCGCCAGUGCCAGUGCCAGUGCCAGUGCCGGCACCACCUGUGCCAGAUUCUCCUCCAGACCUCAGACUGGGCCCUGAGCAAGUUAAUGAGUAUGGAUCCGGGUCAGGUUCGGGCUCCAGCCCGCUUACCCGCCCUGAGUUUCGAAAUGUAGUUCCCCGGGGUGGUAUGCUGGGGUACUAUGAGCCACCAAAAGCUAUGAUGGAGCUUAGAGCAAUUGCUUGUGUGGAGGCACAGUUGGGGCAGCCACUGAGGGACGAUGGACCCAUACUCGGAGUAGAGUUUGAUCCUUUGCCCCCAGGUGCUUUUGGGGCACCCAUAGCUGUUACAGAACAGCAAAAGCGACCUAGUCUUGCUUAUGACAGUAAAAUGUAUGAAAGACACGAUGUUAGAACAAAUAAGGCUAUGGCGAGGACAUUACCGGAAUAUCCAUUUCUUCCAAACCAGCCUGGCAUUAGGUCAGAUGCCUUUGGACAAUUAAAUCCACCUCAUUUACAUGAUCCAAUAGACGGUCCUUCCAGAACUUCCUUCCCUAUAAAUGAACAGCUGCACAAAAUUCAUGCUACCCAAAGUCAUUCUGCUCGUGUUCGCGUUUCAUCUCAGCAAGACAAGCAAGUGAUUCCUUAUUCAUCUCCUCCUCGAGAAGUUGAUGUUGCCCUGCCAAGGGAAUCAUAUGCAAACAUAGCUAAUGCUGGAAUAGACUCCCACUUCGCCGAUCAUCCGAUUGCUGGUCAAGAAAAUCCUUAUGCUUUACCCAGUGGACAAGUUUUGCAGAACGAUAUGACAAUCCGAAUAGAAAAGAAACGAAAGAUUGAUGAUGCCAAAAUUGCAAAGGAGGUUGAAGCCUAUGAAACGAGGAUGAGGAAAGAGCUUGAGAAGCAAGAUAACCUUAGACGAAAGAAUGAAGAGCGACUAAGGAAAGAAAUGGAGAGACAAGAACGUGAAAGAAAAAAGGAAGAAGAGAGACUGAUACGCGAGAGACAGCGAGAAGAGGAAAGAUCUAGGCGUGAACAAAGACGUGAAAUAGAACGGAGGGAAAAGUUUUUGAUGAAAGAACACUUGAGAGCUGAGAAAAGAAGACGAAAAGAAGAGCUUCGCAAAGAAAAAGAGGCUGAGAGAAGGAAGGCUGCCCUUGAAAAGGCUGCUGCCCGUAGAAUAGCUAAGGAAUCUAUGGAGCUUAUUGAGGAUGAACAGCUGGAAUUGAUGGAGCUGGCUGCUACAAGCAAGGGACUUUCCUCGAUUAUACAACUUGAUCUUGAUACAUUGCAAAACCUUGAAUCAUUUAGGGAUUCAUUGUGUUUUUUCCCACCUAAGAGUGUAAAGCUGAAAAGGCCAUUUGCUAUCCAACCUUGGAUUGACUCUGAUCAGAAUGUUGGCAACCUCCUCAUGGUUUGGAGAUUCCUGAUUACUUUUGCUGAUGUUCUUGAGUUAUGGCCUUUCACUCUUGAUGAGUUUGUGCAAGCAUUUCAUGACUAUGAUUCAAGAUUGUUGGGUGAGAUACAUGUAACUCUUCUUAAAGUUAUAAUAAAGGACAUUGAAGAUGUUGCAAGGACACCUUCAACAGGAUUAGGAAUAAGCCAGAAUGGAGCUGCUAAUCCUGGAGGUGGCCAUCCAGAAAUUGUGGAAGGAGCAUAUGCAUGGGGCUUUGACAUCCGAAAUUGGCAGAAGAACUUAAAUCAGUUGACAUGGCCAGAAAUUUUCCGACAGUUAGCAUUGUCAGCAGGAUUUGGACCAAAGCUGAAGAAAAGAAGUAUUACAUGGUCAUAUGCAAAUGAUAAAGAUGAGGGAAGAAGUGGUGAAGAUAAAAAAUGCAAGAGAAAGGUCUAUUAGCUCCUCGAAGGUCAAGGCACAGGUUAACUCCAGGAACAGUUAAAUUUGCUGCCUUUCAUGUUCUCUCACUUGAAGGUAGCAAGGGUCUAACAGUACUUGAGCUAGCGGAAAAAAUUCAGAAAUCUGGUCUUCGGGACCUAACCACCAGCAAGACACCAGAAGCAUCAAUUUCUGUUGCUUUGACUAGAGACACUAAGCUUUUUGAAAGGAUAGCUCCAUCAACCUAUCGAGUGCGUACUGCAUUUAGAAAGGAUCCUGCUGAUGCUGAGUCCAUUCUUUCCGCAGCAAGAAAGAAAAUUCAGAUAUUUGAAAAUGGAUUUCCAGCUGGUGAAGAUGCUGAUGAUGUUGAAAGAGAAGAGUCAGAAAGUGAUGAAGUUGAUGAGGAUCCUGAUGUUGAUGAUCUAGUAAACCCUUCAAGUGCUGAUCCAAUUUCUGGACAGUUUGAUGAACCAAAUGUUUCCACACCAAAUGGAAAAGAAAAUUUGGAUAAUGAUGUAAAACUUGAUCAAAAUGAGUUUGAAAUGGAUUUGCCUUGUUUUGUUGAGGAUGGUUACAAGGAAGCUGAUUGUCCUGGAUCUGUCACCGAACAACCUGUUGUUUGUGAAGAUUUGAAUACUGGAAAUCCUGAUCAAGACAAUAUGGAAAUUGAUGAAAGUCAAUCUGGAGAAUCCUGGGUGCAAGGACUUGCUGAAGGAGAGUAUUCUGAUCUCAGUGUAGAGGAGCGUCUAAAUGCUCUAGUUGCAUUGGUUGGUGUGGCAAAUGAAGGAAAUUCUAUUCGUGUUGUUCUGGAGGAUCGUCUGGAAGCAGCAAAUGCUCUGAAGAAGCAGAUGUGGGCUGAAGCACAGAUAGAUAAAGUUCGUCUGAAAGACGAUACUAUUAACAAACCAGAUAUUCCAUUACUUAUUGCCAACAAAGUUGAAACACAUGACACAUAUCCUGCUGCUGUGGAGGGCAGUCAAAGUCCAAUGCUUGACAUUAAUAUUAAUACUAUUAAUAUUGAAACAUCACCUGGCACUGCAGAAAACCAAAAGCCAGCACCUGCUGCACAGAGCUUGCAUGGUGAAAAGUCCUCCCUAAUUCAAGAUUUGUGCACAGGCACAGGUCCAGAUCACCCUCAGGUGCAGGUACCUCCACAAUAUUCAAAAAGAUCACGUUCACAGUUGAAAUCUUAUAUUGCCCACAUAGCAGAGGAGAUGUGUAUCUACAGGUCUUUACCCCUUGGCCAAGAUCGCAGACGUAAUCGAUAUUGGCAGUUUGUUGCUUCUGCUUCUAGCAAUGAUCCUGGUUCUGGUAGGAUCUUUGUUGAAUAUCAUGAUGGCAAUUGGGGGCUUAUUGAUUCUGAAGAGGCCCUUGAUAUUCUUUUGGCAGCAUUGGAUUCAAGGGGGAUCAGGGAAUCUCAUCUGCGAUUGAUGCUGAAAAGGAUUGAGAAGUCCUUUAAAGAAAAUGUUCGAAGGAAUACACAAUGUGCCAGUGCCAAAAUAGGGAGCAAAGAUAAAUUUUCGAUCAAAAGUGAAGAAAAUAAUGGACCAUAUUCAACACCUGAUCGCCAUGUUGGAUCUGACAGUCCUAGCAGUACUCUUCGUAACUUGAACUCUGACAAAUUGGAAACAUCAUCAUCCUUCAAGAUUGAGCUUGGGGAAAGUGAGAAUGAGAAGAAAGCUGCCAUACAAAGGUAUCAAGAGCUAUAAUUCAUCAAUAUUAUGUGCAACAAAAUAUGGGAAAAAGAGAUGCAAACCUCUGGUGGACGUUUGUGACCUCUGUCUGCAACCUUAUUUUGUUGAGGACUCCCACUGUAAAUCCUGCCACAGGACUUCCGCUACAAAUAAUGGAUUUAGUUUUACUAAGCAUGCAUUUCAUUGUGGAGACAAGUUACACAAAAAUGUUUCUAUGGAAUCUUCUCUUCCCUUGCGGACAAGAUUGCUUAAGGUUCUGUUUGCUUGUAUUGAGGCAUCAGUUCUCCCCGAAGCAUUUGGAACAAUUUGGACGAAUGAUGCUAGGAAGCAUUGGGGUGUGAGGUUGAGCAAAUCAUCCUCUGUUGAGGAGCUUUUACAGAUAUUGGCCUUGUUUGAGAAAGCUCUACGGAGAGAUUUUCUAUCAUCAAACUUCUCUACAACAGAUGAACUAUUGGGACUGAGCAAUAUGGGUGGUAAUGCUUCACUUACUUCCACUGAUCCUGAAUCGGUAGCUGUACUUCCAUGGGUUCCACAAACUACUGCAGCAGUGUCUCUCAGGCUUCUUGAGAUUGAUUCAUCUAUCAAUUAUGUACAUCUUGAGAUACCUGAGCCAUGCAAAGAGAAAGAAGCGAAAGAGUACAUCCAGAAGCUUCCUUCAAGAUAUACGUCCUUCAAAUGCAAUAGAGAGGUUGAACCAGCAGAGUUAGGGCAUGGUGAAUUCAUUAAAGAUAAAUCUGCUUCAAAGAAAAUUGUUCGAAGUGGUAAUAAACGUGGACGAGGGUCUAAUGAUCAAGGACGGGGUAAAAAGAUGUCUAAAAGAAUGUACAGUUCCAAACGAGAUACUGGCCGCCGAAAUGUAAAGGUCAAUGAGAAUCUAAGUGACAAGCUAAAACAGCAGGGACGAGUACUACAAGGAUCAGCUGGUGGUCGUGGUCGCCGAACGGUAAGGAAACGGAGAGUGGAAAAGAGAGCUGUUGAAGAUUUGUUGCUGGGCCAUACCGCAGUGAGUCAUAGCCCCAAUAUUGACAGAGAACCAUUGAGAAGAUUUGAUGAGGAGUGGGAUGGUGAAAGGGCAAGUCCCAUGACUCCCGUCCACAUUGAAAUUGAUGACAAUAGCAACAGUGCUGAAGAGGUGGAAUCUGAUGACAACGGCCAAGCAGUAGAAUAUGAUCAAGGUAACUGGGAGGUGGGUUAUAAUGGCAUUCCCGCCAACAGUUGGGGUAGGGACUUUGCUGGAAUGAGUGAUGAAGAUGCGGAUGCUUUUGAAGAUGACAAUGACAACAACAAUGACAACGGCAUUGAAGAGAACGAAGAAGAGGAUUCGGAAGCAGAUGUUAUGAGUGAGGGUUCAGAUGGCAUGGCACAUAGGGUCAUAAAUGAAGAAGGCUCAGACUCAUCUGAAUCUGAAGAUUCCUAUGAUUAGAACAUCCAUUUAGUUGAUCGAAGGAAUAUGAUUUGCAUCUCAAGGCUGUAUUACAUUUUUUCGAUAUUGCAGCUUCGCAAGAACCUGAGCUCCAAGUCAUGUUGCUUGAAGAGUUAGUAGCUGAGUAGAUUUAUAGUGGUAUAUGAUCCAUGCAGAAUGGAUCCCUGUAUUUUUAAGCAUGUUGAAGCAGAGGGCCCUGGCAGCCAGCCUCAUUUUGUUUUUGCUCUUCUGUUAUUGGCCCUUGUAAUAGACACUCAAUUGAUUAAUAAAUCUAAUUACACCUUGAUUAUC